AUGAUAUUUUCAUCGCGCAAAAGAUCCAAUGUUAGGAUCCUGGAAAGCUGCAGGUGGCUGGUCUUGGGAUAUUUGGUUAUGGGGAUGGGGGUGGAAGGUGUUUGGGGGAAAAUCACCUUAGAGAGUGUGAGGGGGAUUACGGGGGUUACGAGGGAGGGGAGGGAGAGGGUGGGGUGGGGUGAAGGGGGUGGUGGUGGUGGUGUUGGGAAUGGAAAGGGGGUGGAGAUGAGGAUGGGGAUGGGGGUUUAUGGGGGAAGGAGAGGCGAGGAGGAAUGGAGAGAAGGAAAAGGGGAGGGGGAGGGAGAACAGGUGAUUAUGGGGACUGGGAAUGCGGGUGGAGAUCGAGAUGAGAUUGAGAAUACGGUAACAGCCGCUCUGCAUAUGCUCUGCGCGGAUCUAUUGGUUGAGUUGGAGAAACCUCUUUUGGUUUCUUCUUCUUCUUCUUCUUCCUCUUUCUCCUCUCCAUUUGUGUCUUUCGGGGAUACGAAGGGAGAAGUAAAUUGUACACAGGUGAAAACAGAUUUUGAUGAUUUACUGAGGGAAACAACGUGGUUUUUAUAUCAGGUGCAGGAACGUCAGAUGGUGUGGAGGUGGGCGAGAGGGAGCGCGGUUCAGGAGGGGGUGGUGUGGUUGCAGGGGCUGUGGGCUAGUAGGAGGAGUAAUUCACAAGAUAGGAGCUUCAUUGAACAGCAAUUGGAGUUGUAUAAGAGUACGGAAUGUUUUGAGAAGGUGAAUGAUGAGGUUUUGAGGAAGGAUAUUGAGGUUGUGGAGUACUUGAAUGAUUUGAUUGAGAUGUUUCCCUAA